AUGGAGGAAUUAGCAAGCACAAAGCAAGAUCAGAAACAGGUGUAUGGAGAGAUUUUAGGUGUUUUAACAGUCUUUUGGGAAUGUAAAUCAAGGCUAACAUUACAAAAGGUCUUGGUGAGAGAACAAAAGGAGCGAUUGGAAGCAGCUGUGAUGCUUAGACUAGAGCACGGGGAGAUUAGCAACAAAAAUAUUAGCUUCGUUUUGGGAUUAGAAGAAUAUGAAGUAUCGAGGGCACUAAAGAAGAAAUCUAUAGUACCUCGUCAAAAGACACUUACACAAGAGGAAGAGGAAAAGAUAAUAGCCAAGAUCAAGAUAUCUAUUCAGCAGAAUAGACCAAUGACAAAGACAGAUGUCAAGAUUUUGGCACUCAAUCUCUGGAAAGAGCGAACGGGCACAAAGAGAGAAAAGAUGCUGUCAGACUCUUGGUGGAGAGGUUUUAGAUCGAGAUACGUAGAUCUCAAGCUUAGAUAUGUUCGCUCUCAAGAUUAUAAAAGGGCACUUGCUGAACAAAAAGGUGGUUCUGACGCAUGGAUCAAGGAAACUAGAGAUUUCAUAAUAAAACAUGGUAUCAAACAAGAAAAUAUAUUCAACAUUGAUGAAAAGGGAGUUCUCUUCACAGAUACUAAACAAAAGUUCCCAAUCAAAAAGAAUUGGUCCAUUACUAGUAAAAAUGAAAAUGGCUAUCUGGAAGUUAAUAAGAGUGGCUAUGUAGAUGAGUCAAUCAAGCUAGACUGUGUCCAAUUUUUUGUUAAACAGCUGACAACACCUGGCGACAAGUUACUUUUGGUCGACAAUCAUGGAAGUAAUUUUAGUCCUGAAUUACUUCAAUGGGCCAAUGAAAACAAGGUUCACAUUAAGAGCUUUCCAUCCAAUAUGACACAUAUCUUACAACCUUUGGAUCUUGUCAUUUUUUCAUCAUUCUCUCAAUCACUAAAGAAUAUGAUACUAAAACAACUUCAAGACAAACCCAACUUUAAAAUAGCACCCGAACACUACCAACAGUUUUCAUACUUUGCAUGGGUCGAAGCAACAAAGCCAACCAACGUAAUGGCUGCUUGGAACAAGUCAGGUAUCAUUAAUUGUUCGCCACUCUCACCACAAGAUCAGGGAUUGAUACCAAAACCACCCAAGGCAACAAAAAAAUCUUCAAAGGCUCUUGCUCUUGUUCAAACCACUUCUAAUGCAUUGGUAACGACAGAUUCUUUACCACACAAGCAAAGAUCAAUGAUGAUGAGAGAUAAGAUGAGUACAGGCACUGUCUGGACCGACGACACAAAUCGAAACAAAUAUGUUGGUUAA